AUCUACCCCUACUCCUACUCAUCAACGAGAAACUACAAUCUGAAGGAGAAACUGGCGAGGCAGCCGUGAGUGGGCGAGGGACGCGGUUGGUUGUCAAGUAGGGCUGGUAGCACCAUUCAGGAAUUGCCAUAAAUUGGACUGCUCUACAUUAAAACAGAGAGCGAGCUUGCAAUGCAUGCUGUCCUGGGUGCCACGUUUUGGCUUCACGGGCGUCCACUGGACCCGCAUGUCAGCGCGAGCCUUUCCUUUCCCAAAGGAGCCAGAGUCAGGCCAGUCAUAAUUAUAUGACCGCCAAGAGCAGAGCAGAGCAGUCCGUUCGUCGCCCAAAACCCGCUGCUCUUGGCCAUUCCAUUCGACACUUCCUUCGUCUUCCUGCGAUUCACCCUGGAUCAUCCCCCUUUUAUUUUGAAUAAAAGGGGUCGUCUAAGAUCAUCCUCUGCUCGUGGUUGACUCGACUCAACUAGAAUUCCUAAUUCUCGUCGUAGAUCUCUCCUUCACCAGCCGCCAUUCACUGCUCUUGAUUAGGGUUUUGGGGGUUUUGGCCCUUUUUUCCCCCUCAAGCUUGCGUGUUGCCAUGGUGGUGGGGUUUGAAGCCAGAGGACACGCUUGUCCAGCAUCUUCGCUCUACAAGGGGAAAGGUUCUCUCUCUAUCUAGAGAGAGAAAAAAAAGCUUUACAAGGCGAAAUCCGUAAUGGCCAGAUGCGUUUCUCUGGUAUUUUGUGACACCGGUUUCUCAUCUUAUUUUGCUGUCGUGCACUAAAUGGCUGGAUCAUCUUCUUGAUCUGGCGCAGCAGAACUAAAUGGAAUCCUCGGAGGCGGUACCAACUGACAAAGGUCGCAAUCAGGAAGCUCGUGAACUAUCAGUGUGCCAGACGACGGAGGAGCUCAAGACAUGGAAUCUGAACGAACGGCAGCAACAGUUAGUCGACGCCAGUGGGCUCGGCAAUCUGAAAUACAUGGGAGAUCUGGCCAUCAACCGCACUGUGCUCAGGGUAUUUUGCGAGGUUUGGAGCAAAGAAACGAACACAGCAAGAUUCCAUGACUUUGAAAUGGCACCAUCACUCAGGGACACUGCCUACAUAUUGGGAAUUCCGAUCAUAGGCCGUGCGGUGACCACCGGGGCUGUGCUCAACAUGUCGUCAGAAGAGCUGCUCCUCCAAUACCUUGGCCGAGUUCCUGGUUCAAAGGACUGCAGGGGUAGCCGUGUGAAGCUCUCUUGGUUACACUCCAAGUUUAGUCAGCUCUCGGAGCAUCCUACUGAUAAAGAAAUUGCGUGCAAAACAAGAGCAUAUCUCUUGUACUUGAUUGGAGCAACUCUGUUUUCAGACAAAGACAAGGGCUAUGUCUCUCCAAAGUACUUACCACUCUUGUCGGACUUUGACAAGGUACGAGAGUACGCGUGGGGCACUGCUGCUCUUGCUCAUCUUUACAAGGCUCUCUCUAUGUUAGCGUCUUCUCACUCUAUUGCCAGAAAAAGACUAUUCGGCAGCGCCACUCUGCUCAUGGGGUGGAUAUAUGAAUAUAUUCCAGCGAUGCGCCCUGAUAUGGAGGAUGAUCCAGCACUUGUCGUCCCACGAGUAUGCAGGUGGGCCGGGCAUGCAAUCUCCCAACCAGCAAAGGAAGCUUCAGAUAUCAGAAAAGCUUUCAGUCAGCUUCGAGUUUCAGAUGUGAACUGGGAACCUUACAAGGGCAUGGAUCCUGCAUCUAUUCCCAAUAUGUGCUCGGCACCCGAUAGCGUCUGCUUCUCCAGAACAUGGCUGAUCAACUUUAACGUGAGGGAAGUAUAUCUCCCAGAUCGAUUUGCUCGUCAGUUUGGUCAAGAACAGCAUCCGGUCGGCGAUGUUGGUGGGUUCCAGCGACAUCAGUGGAACGCGUCAGUGGAUUGGAGCCUCGAGUAUGCAUCAGAGAUCAAACAUUUCGAGCAGUUGAUCAAUGCUACUCGUCCUGAUCAUACAGCAGUUGCUGCCACUUGUAAAACGACUGAGGAUGUUUUUACGCCAGCGAGCACGGCACGAGAAUUUCCUGGUCUCAAUUUGCUUGCAGUGGUGGAGAGCAUCAAGAAGGAGCUCCCAACCAUCACGCGGUUUCUCGAGCAACGGUCACUUCCCGUCGAGGUAGCCACGUCGUUUGCUCGGAUCCAUGAACUACUGGAGGAUUCUCACUUGAAGGAAGGAAAUGCCGCAGUGGAUGCUGGGGGCGAUGGGACCUCUGAGUUGACUGCACCGCACCCUCCUGCCAUUCCACCGUGUGAAGAAGCGAUCAUCGGCACAGCGGAUCCACAUGGGCCUGUGCCUGAUGAAGCGGCGCAGAACGGCAGCGAUCAUCCUGUGCCGGAAUGCUGUGACAAGCCGACAGGGGAGGAGGAGGAGAAGGGGGAAGACGGCAAGGCGGGGGAAGAGGAGGCAUCGGAAGGGAGCGAGGACAGUGAGGAGGACGGAGGCCAUAAUAAGGGGCGGAAGCGACCGCCGCUUCGGAGGAGCAAUCGAAGCUGCGUGCAGGCCAAGAGGUUCAAGAACCGGGGAGGGAAAGGGUCCCAAGCCUCUGACCCCAUCGUGCUGUGACAGCUGCAUUCAUCUGUUCACUCGGUACCAUAAUAUAUGAACGAUUUUGACACUACUUAUUAUGGGACAGGGGGAGUACCAUUUUAUUGCCGGAUAUUACACUGCAUGUUGCUCUCUUCUAGUUAAUUUUCUGUGAUUUGUUACUC